AUGGAUGACAUCCACGUCAAAACCUCUCCUCUGAUAUUUGAUUCCAGUCAACCCACUCCGGUUCCUAACAAUGACGAUGCAAAAAAUCUUGAGUUUAUUAAGAUAAUCAAGAAUUUUGGAAUUUCAUGUGAAGCACAUGAAAUGAUUGCUUGUCAUUUCAAUAAGAUUCUAGAGACAUCUACUGACAUAACAUACAGAGCAUGCUUUUCAUACCUUGGAGAUAAACUUCUUGAGAGAUUUUCUUUUGUAAAAGGAGAUAAGUAUGACAUUUGCCAUAAUGAUUGUAAACUUUACAAUGGCAGUCAUGAGACAGUGUGUUCUAAUUGUGGUGAGGCACGUUAUAAAAACAAUGCCAAAGACAAAGACGGAUUGAUAAUCUCUGUCAAAACAAUGAUUCAGAUCUCUUUGACUAGACAGCUUGCUCUCUGUUUGGCUGACAACACUAUAAGAAACGAGAUGAUAUAUUGUCAUAACCAUCAAUCCAGUCAAAAUGGAAACAAAUCUGAUGUCUUUGAUGGCCAAGCUUAUCAAUCAAUCAAGCAUCUUUUUUCUGACGAGAAUUAUAUUGCCAUUUUGUUGUCAGUUGAUGACUUUCACUGCAAAAACCAUUGGGAAUUAUUAUAA